AUGGGGACACCGACGGCGCGCGCCGAGCUCUACGACGUGGUGGCCGCGGUGGGGAAGGGCACGUUCGGGGAGGUGGCGCGGGGCCGGCGCCGCAGCACCGGCGAGCACGUGGCCAUCAAGAUCCUGCCCAGCACCGGGCACCGGGGCCGGGUGGCGCGGAACGAGCUGCGGCUGCUGCGGGCGCUGCGGGCGGCGGGCGCCGAUGCGGUGCCCAUCGUGCGCUUCCUCGAGGCCUUCUCAGAUGCCUCCUGCACUUACCUGGUGCUGGAGCUGCUGCAGCAGAACCUCUUGGACUUCCAAAAGCUCCGGCGCUUCUCGCCGCUGCCUGCCCGGCACAUCCGCACCAUCGCGGCGCAGGUGCUGGCGGCGCUGGUGAAGCUGGAGGAGCUCUCCAUCAUCCACGCCGACCUCAAGCCGGAGAACAUCAUGUUGGUGGAUCACGCGCGCUUCCCUUUCCGCGUGAAGCUCAUCGAUUUCGGCUCCGGUUGCCUCGUGGCCGACGUGGCUCACGUCAAGGAGCCCUACAUCCAAUCCCGGUUUUACCGCGCCCCCGAGAUCCUGCUGGGGCUGCCCUUCAAUGAGAGGAUGGACGUGUGGUCCUUGGGUUGUGUCCUGGCCGAGCUCCACUUGGGUUGGCCGCUCUACCCCGGCGCCAGUGAGUACGAGCAGGUCUCCUACAUCUGCUCCACGCUGGGGCUGCCGCCGGCCGAGCUGCUCGGUGCCGCCGGCAAGGCCGGCUCCUUCUUCCACCGGGAGCCGCAUCCCACCGGGCCGUGGCAGCUCAACGCCGCGGGUGAGGAGCCGGUGAAGCCCAUGGACCGGAGGAAGUUUGUCUUCUCCUCGUUGGAUCAAUUGGGCACCGUCCCCCGGGCGCCCGAACCGGCCGAGCGCCGCGACCGGCACCGUAUGGUGGAGCUGCUCAAGGGGAUGCUGACGUGGGACCCGCUGCAGAGGCUGGGGCCCAGCGCCGCGCUCCGGCACCCCUUCAUCAGCCAGGAGGAUCCCAACGCAUCCCCCCGGCACCCCGGCACCGAGGACGGCGGGUUCGGCGGCCGCAUCCAAGCACCCAGCACCCAGCUCGAUGGGCUGAGCCUGGGGGAGCCAGGGGGGGACGCGGCUGCUGUGGGGCUUUGCCAAAGCGUCAUCCCCACAGUUUAUGCCCCCCGGCCCCGGCAGCGCCGCCGAGGGCCCAAGGUGGAAGCGGCCGCUCGGAAUCUGAUCGUCUUGGUGCCCCCCGGCACCGCGGCGGAGCAGAACGUGCCCAGCAGCCCCUACGCUUCGCCCCACAGCACGGUACGGUGGUGGGGCAGGGGGGGCCGGGGGGCUGGUGCCCCACACCGGGUCGCUCACCCUUCCCUGUGA